ACAAUUCUUUUAUUUUACGCUUCCACGUGAUGAACCCGAAAGAACAAUAACAAGAUCAUCAGAUCCUUUGUGAAGUUCAGUUGCGAAAAUGAAAAAUCUGAGCAGCGAAAGAUCCACCUCAUUCUCCCUCUAGAUUGAGCUCCAUCGAAGCAUAAUUUCAUCAGAUCUCAUUUGAAUCAGACUCACAUGGCAGGAGCUGCUUCUGCGCUGUUUCUGCUGGAUAUCAAAGGUCGCGUUCUCGUCUGGCGUGACUACCGCGGCGACGUCUCCGCCGCUCAAGCCGAACGCUUCUUCUCUAAGCUCAUCGAGAAAGAGGGUGAUUCACAGUCAAAUGAUCCAGUUGCUUACGAUAAUGGGGUCACUUACAUGUUUGUCCAACACAGUAACGUUUACCUUAUGAUAGCCUCCAGACAAAACUGUAAUGCUGCCAGUCUCCUCUCCUUCCUUCACCGUGUCAUCCAUGUCUUCAAGCAUUACUUUGAGGAGUUAGAGGAAGAGUCACUGAGGGAUAACUUUGUCGUUGUGUAUGAGUUACUUGAUGAGAUGAUGGACUUUGGGUACCCUCAGUAUACCGAAGCAAGAAUCCUCAGUGAGUUCAUCAAGACUGAUGCAUAUAGAAUGGAAGUCACACAGAGACCUCCAAUGGCUGUCACUAAUGCUGUCUCCUGGAGGAGUGAGGGAUUACAGUACAAGAAGAACGAAGUUUUCUUGGAUGUAAUUGAGAAUGUAAAUAUUCUUGUCAACAGUAAUGGGCAAAUUAUCAGGUCUGAUGUUGUUGGAGCCCUCAAGAUGCGAACUUACUUGACUGGAAUGCCAGAGUGUAAGUUAGGACUGAAUGAUAGAGUAUUGUUGGAAGCGCAGGGGCGAGCAACAAAGGGAAAAGCCAUUGAUUUGGAGGACAUCAAAUUCCAUCAGUGUGUUCGAUUGGCCCGUUUUGAAAAUGAUAGGACGAUAUCUUUCAUACCACCUGAUGGUGCUUUUGAUCUGAUGACAUAUAGACUCAGUACUCAGGUGAAACCGCUUAUAUGGGUGGAAGCGCAAAUAGAAAGGCAUUCCAAAAGUCGUGUUGAGAUGCUCGUAAAAGCUAGAAGUCAGUUCAAGGAACGGAGCACCGCAACGAAUGUUACGAUUGAGUUGCCUGUACCAGCCGAUGCAUCUAACCCCACCGUUAGGACAUCUCUGGGGUCUGCUGCUUAUGCUCCUGAAAAAGAUGCAUUGGUCUGGAAAAUCAAAUCUUUCCCCGGGAACAAGGAGUACAUGUUGAGGGCAGAGUUUCAUCUUCCCAGUAUAACUGCAGAAGAAGCAACACCUGAGCGAAAAGCUCCUAUACGUGUCAAAUUCGAGAUCCCUUAUUUCACUGUCUCAGGGAUUCAGGUUCGGUACCUGAAGAUAAUCGAGAAGAGCGGGUACCAAGCACUUCCAUGGGUGAGAUACAUAACCAUGGCUGGUGAGUACGAACUAAGACUCGUCUAAGGCUCAUUCGCCUUUUAUCCUUUUAUGCCAAUUGUGGUUCCCACAUUCCUCCGGGAAUCAAUGAAACGAAACAAAACAGGACACAAGUAGAGCAAAAUAAACGUUUUGGAACUUUUUUAGCCGAUCAAUGCCUUUUAAUUUUUUUAAUUUGACUUUAGUACCCAUAUUCAUGUGAAUUUAUCUUUAUGGUGAUUUUUUUACUUUACACAUGGCCCUUUGUAACCUUUCACUACAUGUUUCCUUCUUUUUUAAUUCCAGCUACAUUCUGUCUGUC